CCUGCGGGGGUGGGGCCAAGGUUGGGGUUCAGGAUCCAGCUUCUGCUCCUGCCGGGUAUCAGCUCCAAGCGCCGCCUGCGGGCCGAGCUCCGUCUGGAGACCAGGGCCGAGGUCUCGGGCGCAGGCGGGGCCCAGAGCGGCCGAAUUGGGCCGGGCAGACCUGGCGCAGGGCGGAGCCCCGAGGUCCAGGCCGGGAGGCGGCGCUACCGGGCCUGCUGCAGCCACGGCUUGAGGACCCACCUCUGGCUAACUGCCGAUCAGGAUGCGGGUGUCUCCCGGUCGGCCCCGCCCGGGCAGCGGGCAGCCUCCCGCACCUGCCCCUGCCCCUGCUCCCGCCUCUGUCUGGGCCGCGCCCUGCCCAGCUCUGCGGGUGCAGGUGUUGGUUCUCCUGAUAAACUGCUUCUUGGCCAGAGCCUGGAGCGGACCUCCGCUCGGACGCGUGCCAUACUCAGUGCCCAGGACCUCGCUGACAGCUUCGGAGGCUGACCCUUUCCUGACUCGGUUCUCCACUCCUCAGACUCAAAAUUACUCUAUCCUCCUUGUGGAUCCUGUUUCCAAUACGCUUUAUGUUGGUGCCCGGGAUGCCAUUUUUGCUCUGCCCCUGCCUCUCACAGAGGGGCGAGCCCAGAGGAUUGACUGGCCAGUGCCUGAGGCCCACAGACAGAUCUGCAAAAAGAAAGGCAAGAAGGAGGCUGACUGUCAUAAUUACAUUCGAAUUCUUGCCAUGGCCAACGCCACUCAUCUUCUCACGUGCGGCACCUUUGCCUUCGACCCACAGUGCGGGAUCAUCGAUGUAUCCAGUUUCCAUCAGGUCGAAAGGCUAGAAAGUGGCCGAGGGAAAUGUCCUUUUGAGCCAACACAGCGGUCAGCUGCUAUAAUGACUGGGGGUGUCCUGUAUGCUGCCAGCAUGAAUAAUUUUCUGGGGACAGAGCCAAUUAUCUCUCGGGCCAUAGGCCCAACUGAGGAGCGGAUUCGAACAGAGGUCACACCAGCUUGGCUUAAUGCUCCAAAGUUUGUGGCAGCUGUAUCUCUGAGCCCAACUGACUUGGGGGAGGAGGAUGGAGACACUGAAAUUUAUUUCUUCUUCACGGAGACAGCCCGAGAUUCUGAUAUGUACCAACCAAUUAAGGUCCCACGUGUGGCUCGUGUGUGUGCGGGAGACCUUGGGGGACUGAAGACCCUCCAGCGGAGGUGGACAACAUUUCUGAAGGCUGAGCUGCUGUGUCCAGGGCCAACACAUGGCCGAACUUCCAGCAUCCUGAAGGAUAUGACCACCCUACAACUGAAGCCUGGCACAGGAGUCCCCCUCUUCUAUGGGAUCUUCUCCUCCCAGUGGGAUGGGGUUUCCAUUUCUGCCAUCUGUGCCUUCCACCCCCGUGACAUCCAGUCAUCAAUGAGUGGUCCAUUUAGGGAGUUCAAGCAUGACUGCAAUAGAGGAAUGCCUGUGAUGGACAGUGAAGUCCCUCAGCCCAGGCCUGGAAUGUGUAUCACCAACCAAAUGAAGCUACUAGGCUUUGGCUCAUCACUUUCCCUACCUGACCGAGUUCUUACCUUUGUACGGGACCACCCUCUUAUGGACCAGCCUGUUUCUCCUGCUGAUGGUCAUCCCCUGUUGAUUGCCUCCAACACAAUCUAUCACCGGGUUGCAGCCCACAGAGUGACAGGCUUGCUGGGAGAAGAGUAUGAUGUACUCUACCUGGGGACAGGGGAUGGACACCUGCACCGGGCAGUACGGAUUGGCUCCCAGCUCAGCAUCCUUGAAGACCUGACCUUAUUCCUGGAGCCUCAACCAGUGGAAACUCUCCAGCUGCAUGAUGGUUGGCUCCUGAUUGGCUCCGGCUCUGAGGUGACACAGAUAAACAUAACAGACUGUGGCCGUCUCCGGAGCUGCAAAGAGUGCAUCCUGGCUCGAGACCCAGCCUGUGCUUGGAGCUCCCGGCUCAAGGCUUGUGUUACCCACAUUGGGGCAGGCGAGGGGCUGCUCCAAGACAUUGAGUUGGGAAAUGUAUCCUCUCUUUGCCCUAAGGAGACUGGAGCAUUUCCUCUAAUUCUUGAGGUUCCUGUGGUCCCAGCUGCACAUGUAGUCUUGCCAUGUUCCCCACGAUCCGCCUGGGCAACCUGUGUGUGGCACCGGCCAGGGGGCCUCAUUGAAGAUGCAGUGAUUCCUCGGCUGGAUGGACUGGAAGUGUUGGUGACACAGGGAGCCCUGGGAACCUAUGCCUGUGAAUGCCAGGAGGGGGGGAUGACUCAAGUAGUGGCUACUUAUCACUUGUUCUGGGGGGAACUCCAGGGCCGUGGCCGAAUCGUGGGCUCUGGGCUAGCUGGCUUUAUCCUGGGUGCAGUGGCUUCUACUCUGAUCCUGCUCCUGCUUGGCAGGCAACGCCAGCGCCAACGCCAACAGGAGCUCUUGGCAAGAAACAAAGUGGGGUUGGACUUGGGGGCCCCUCCAUCUGGAACCACGAGUUGCAGCCAUGACCCUCCCUCGCCAUCACCUUCCCCAGAGGAUGAGCGGCUUCCAUUGGCCUUGGCUCUGGCCAAAAGGGGCAGCAAUCUCAACGGCUUUCCUCCGUCCUUCUUACGGGACUCCCACCCAGGCCCAAAUCAAGCUCACAUUCUGCUGACCACAGCACCAUUGGCCACAUGCGAUGAGACUUCCAUCUAAAGAUGCGCUGAGUGACUACCUGGCGAGACUGUUGGGGCCUGGCUUGGGUGGCUGCUGGGCUAAGUCAUCAAGUUACUUGGGACCCAAGUAACCAUCGAGCCCGAGUGACCACUGGGGACCGAAUAACCCCAGUCACAGCUGCCUGCUGGGGUGGGUCCAGCAUGGAAGGAGCACUGAAUGGAGUUGGAAAACUUGUUUGGAGUCUCAACUCUGCUACACCCUCCUUGGAUGAUGUGGGACAAGCCAUUUUCUCUUUCUAGGCUUUCUUCCUCUUUGGUGGUGGGGGAGGGUAGACCCGCUGGUUUUCCCUGUUUCUUCCAGCCCUGAUAUUCAGUGAGUCUGAUCCUAUGAUCCCCAGCGGCCACUGACAUGGAGAAGCCUUCCUGGAUAGCAUCCGUCAAGGGAGGGAAUGAACGUACCGAAAUGCCUGUCCCCCACUCGGAUCCCUGACCCUUGGGGUCUGCAGGUUUUUGUCUUUCCUAGGAAGGGGAUGGUGGACAUAGGAGCUUUCUGUGACCUCAAUGGCCUGGGCUUUAUGUAAACCCCAGAUCAGGGCCCCGAGUUCAGGCACCAGGAAGAAGGAGCUGUCCCUGGGCAGUGUGAGUAAAAUGCUGAGGGAGGGAGAUGGGGAUUCUGCCUCCCUGGUGGAGGGAACGCCUCUGUGCCAAGACCGGAGGACUCUGAGAGUCUGGUCCCUGGUAUGCCCCCUAGACCUCACUAUGUGUUCGAGAAUGCAUGGAAGAGCCUGGCUACGCGUGUCUGCCCGGCAUAUGUGGAUGUAUGUGUUCGUGUGCUUUGGUGCUAUGGAGAUGUCUGCAUACUCUGGGCUCGGCCCCCACCCGACUAUGCACAGUACCUCUGGGCUGAUUUCCCCUGCCCACAGGGCUUGGGAAGCCAGUGGCCGGCAGCGGUUUGGGGGUGGGGUGGGCCUCCUUUGUGUCUGCUUAGUUUCUCGUUUUUUUUAUAAACCUCCUGUGUGUGUGACUGUGGUGACCUGCUGGCCCCUGGUGGGGAAGGGGAUGGGGUGGGAACGUGGGUGACUGUGAAUGAAGGGGAAACAGGGAAUCAGGGUGGGGAUAUGGGAGUAAGGAGAAUAAGGGAAAGCCAAGGACUGGGGCUGUCGGGGCAACCUUAGAAAGACUCUGGGCAAGCCACUGCUGCUGUUUCUGCCCCAGUUGCUCCAUCUGUGAAAUGAGGGUGUUGGAUUGAAUGACUUCCAAGGUAACUUCCAGUUCUAGGAUAUGGAGGGAGGGGAUAAGAGGAGUAAGUUGGGAGUCUGGGGUGGGGCAAGAAUAAGAGGGAGGGGGAUAGGGACAGGGUAGGGGGGAGUAGGUAGAAUGAGGAGCUGGGAGGGAAUGGGGUGGGGCUAUGGAGAAAACAAAAGAGGGGAAGCAGGAUAUGGGUAUGUUUGUCCAUCAUCAUGGUCUAAAGUGAAUGUGAAGUUUUAUAUUUUUUAUGGAAUAUUUAACUAUUGAUUGAUUAAAAUGAUCUGAGAAACCUG